GCCAUGUGUGCCUGAGUUCCUGAAAACAUAUAUUAUUAGUGAUAAUCGACUACGCCUUCCUGUAGUCGACAUCUGCUCCAGCGGCCAUCCCAUUUCCAUCCAUCCUUUUCAUCGCCGUAACCCCCUUUAUCAUUUCUAAAUCAAUAUCCGCAUCGUGAUGGCUACCCAAAGCAGCUUCAUGACCGCAAUGAGUAACCGCUCGCUCCGCACUGUCCGAUCGGAGCUCGAGUUUCUUGCAGAUGCUUCGGUCAUUACACGUCAGCAACUCUCAUCGAUCCUGGCCCAGCUGCCUAAUGAGGCCCCUCAACAGGCCGCUACACCAGUUCCUCAGCCACAACAGCAACAACCGGUUGUCGCUCAAUCUCAACCUCCCCCGGCAUCAUACGCUCCUCCCACAUCGCAGUUCGCCAAUAGCUCUUUGAACGAGAAGGCGGCUCUGCAGCAACAACAAUACUCGACCCCCACUGUUCCCCCACCCGCUUACCCUCAAGCUGCGCCCGUGUUGUCCGUCGCUACAGCACUCUAUGCUUAUACCCCAACGGAUGCUGGUGAUCUUGCUCUGCAGCCACAUGACCGUGUCCAAGUUUUGGAACACAUGAACGCUGAUUGGUGGCGUGGCCGUAAUGAACGGACCAACCUUGAGGGUAUCUUCCCUCGCAGCUAUGUGAACGUAAUAGAAGAGAAGGGAGUGUCGUCUCCCCCUCCUACCAACUAUGGCAAUGUGCCUCUUGAGGUUAGCCAGACCGGCUCAGCUGCCCCGGAUGGAAAGCGACCGGGCGGCAAGUUCGAGGAGCAUGGCAAGAAGUUCGGAAAGAAGAUGGGCAAUGCCGCUAUCUUUGGUGCCGGUGCUACUAUCGGUUCCAACAUUGUGAAUAGUAUCUUCUAGCGUUAAUCCCUCGAGUCUUUUCGGGUUUUGAGAAUGGUUCCUUCUUCAGUCAUGGGAACGGCGUUCAGGCGGAUUUUUUGCUCAACCUAUCCUAG